AUGGGUCUAACGGUCCUCAGUCUGGGCAAAUGGGUGCAGCAUUUGGAGUACCAAAGAUGGGAGUCAAGUUGGUGCUCCAUCUGUGUGUUUGCUGCGCUGAUAAAUAAAGUGUGUCUGCAGGUCACAGUAGAGGCUGUUAUUGGAGGUUCUGUUGUCCUGCCGUGUUCUUCAACUGAACAUGAUCUUAAAGUUCAAGACAUUAGUGUGCUUUGGAGACACAAUGGCAGUGAGACUAUUUAUGAUUUAAUUAGGGGUAAUGAUUCAGUAGCAGAACAGAACCCACGGUACAAGAACAGAGCUAAAACUUUCCCUGAUGAGUAUCUGAGAGGAAACUUUUCCAUCAAGCUCAUAAAUCUUCAACACACUGAUGCAGGAGAGUUCAGCUGCUUCAUCAUACACUCAUCUGAUUCAAAACAGGAGACUGUAUGGCUGCUCAUUAACGAAUCAACAGUAGAAAAAGGAAGCAACUCUACUGAUCAAGCAAACCAAGAACCAGAAACAAAUGCACACCAAUGGCAUAUAUCAGUAAUCUGUGUUUGCAUUAUUUUAUUUUUAAUUUCUGUGUCUGUAAUCUGUGUUAUACUUCGCAUGAGAAAAAGACCUCAAGCUCCCAUAUAGAAGGAACUGUGGCAAACUGAAGGGCCCGCUGCACACAGCAAGUGUCAACAGCAUCUGAGCAGCCUGUAUUUUCCAGCACCCAUGUUAACAAUUAAGUGUUCACAUCAGACGCAUGAGCAGCUUGUUACUCGUAUUCUCUCACCUCAUAUAGUCUUGUUACAAUGUUGCUGACAGAAAUCAGUGUGCACUGCUUGAAACACUGAAACGGGAACAAUUUUGCU